AUGGAUCUCAAUGAAAUACAGAAUGUUACUACGCGCUUCUUCACCGAUGCCAAUGCGCAAUUCAAUCGCAUACCAGGGUCCGCUAUCGCUGUGCGCUACAUCAAGUCGAGUUACCAGAACGACCCCGUUCGCAGCGCAAUAGAGUUAUUCUUGUUCCUCUUUGCGGUGCGCUACUUGCUCGCACCCAAAUACAGCACCCAGAAGAAAGUGCAGCUCACCGAUGCCGAGAUUGAUGAACUGGUCGAAGACUGGACCCCAGAACCGCUUGUUGCACCGACUACUGCGCUCGAGGAGUUAGACAACGAGAAGCGGCCCAUCAUUGUUGGCCCUACCGGUCCCAAGUCGAAGCUCUCCAACGGCCGCACCGUAACGAACCUUGCCUCAUACAACUUCUACAACUUCCUUUCCAACGAUGUCCUAAAAGACAAGGCCAUUCAGACCCUGCGGACUUACGGCGUUGGCCCCUGCGGCCCUCCCGGCUUCUAUGGUACACAGGACGUCCACAUGAAGACCGAAGCCGAUGUCGCUGCACAUCUCGGUGUCCCUGCCUGCAUCAUUUACGCACAAUCUUUCUCGACUAUAAGCAGCGUUAUUCCCAGUUUCAGCAAGAGAGGCGACAUCAUCGUGGCAGACCGCGCGCUCAACUUUGCUGCAAGGAAGGGCAUUCAAAUCAGCCGCAGUACCGUCAGGUGGUUUGAACACAAUGACAUGGAGGAUCUGGAAAACGUACUCAAGAAGGUUGUCAAAGAGCAGGCCAAGAAGCCGCUCACCAGACGCUUCAUCAUUACUGAGGGCCUAUUUGAGAACAUUGGGGAUGUGGUGAACUUGCCCAAGAUUGUCGAACUCAAGCUCAAAUACAAAUUCCGACUCAUCCUCGACGAAACCUGGUCCUACGGCGUCCUUGGCCGCACCGGCGGCGGUGUCACCGAAGCCCAAAAUGUCGAUGCUGCAGAAGUAGAUAUGAUUAUCGGUUCGCUAUCUGGCCCUCUCUGUGCGGCAGGAGGUUUCUGCGCUGGCAAUGAGGAAGUCGUUGAGCACCAGCGUAUUUCCUCGGCGUCUUAUACCUACUCGGCUGCCCUCCCUGCUUUACUGAGUACAACCGCCAGUGAGACUAUCAGCUUAUUGCAACAACAACCGGAUAUUUUGGCAGGACUCAGGGAGAAUGUGAAAGCCAUGAGGGGGCAGUUGGACCCCAGGAGCGACUGGGUCCGAUGUAGUAGUUCGGGUGACAACCCGAUCAUGCUACUUGUUCUAAAAGACGAAGUCAUUGAUAACAAGAAGUUGAGUAUCGAAGACCAAAACCAGAUCUUUAGGGAAGUUGUCGAUGAGUGUCUCGCGAACGGCGUUCUCAUAACACGACUCAAGUCUUUCCCUCUUGGUCUUGGGCUAAACCCCCGAGACGCAGGCUGGCAACCUACGCCUGCACUCAAAGUAUGUGUGACCAGCGGCCUGACAAAGAAGGAGACAGAGAAGGCUGGCACCAUCAUAAGGCAUGCCAUCACCAAGAUGGUGAGUAGGCGGAAGUAG